UUUGCAGCGGAGCAGCAGCGCAUUACGGGCUUUGCCAGUGCUGGAUCGCCCGGGCUGCGGGACGCGACGUCCUGCUCCGACAUGGAACAGGGAUCAUGGAGGUUUAUCGGGAUGAACGCUGUGUCUGUUAGGACUCCUCCGUGCUGAUUUGCAGAGGGACGGCUUGUGGAGGUAUGGCUUGAUUAUUCGAGGACACUUUCGCGAACGCACAGCCUAUCUGAUCGCAUUCGAAUCAAAAGAUUUCCCAGAACGGAAGCCGCGUUCUGAAACAAUGUAACGUUCGCAUUAUGAUGUAAUGAUACAAGGUAACGAAUUCGCAACGCGACGUCAUGCAGCAAUGUAACAAAUUCGAACGUCCGCUCUGUCUUAAUGCGUUCGAACAACGGAAGCUUCAUUAAACGUUAAGUAUUCGCGCGAUUCAUACACGGAUGAACCAACAAUGCCCUCGAACGCGUUUGUAAACAUUCCCAAUCAUCUCAAGACUUCGAUUCGAUCCUCAGAGUGUCCCGUAUUGAAAUGCGGACUUCAGAAGUGAUCCAUUAAUGGCAUGCACGAGGGCACUGCUGCUGUUGUGUUCCGAAAAGCCGUCCAUACAUCAUUCAUUUGAAGGAGUCGAGGAAAUAUGGCAGAGGAGAUAGAUAAGCCCUUGGCUGUGGACGUCGACAUAGACCCUGAUUUUGAGCCCCAAAAAAGGCCCAGGUCUUGCACAUGGCCUCUGCCAAGACCCGAGUCCAAUUCUGACAAAGCAGAACCUUCAGAUGUGGGGAUCAUUCCUGAGGAAGAGGUGGAUGAAAAUGGCACUGAUGAUGCUUGUGCAUCUGGUGACAUUACAGGCGCAUCAAAGCCUGCCAGUGUCACAGAACGAGACCCGAGUUCUGCUGCUGUUGUUCCUGCCAUAGAAACGAAUGCAUCUGCCAAUGAUAAAGACAUCUAUGGCUCUCCUGUAUCUUCCCAACACGCUCUAGCAGCAUGCAGCGACUCCAGCAUCAAUGGUCUGAUUCCUCAGCAGCCCAGAAAAUCCUCUGCCCGCAGGAACGCCUGGGGAAACUAUUCCUACGCCGACCUCAUCACCCAAGCCAUCGAGAGCUCGCCGGAGAAGAGGCUGACACUGGCCCAGAUUUAUGAUUGGAUGGUCCGAAAUGUGCCAUACUUCAAGGACAAAGGUGACAGCAACAGCUCUGCAGGAUGGAAGAACUCAAUACGGCAUAACCUGUCACUCCACAGUCGCUUCGUCAGAGUGCAAAAUGAAGGAACAGGAAAGAGUUCAUGGUGGAUGGUCAACCCUGAUGGUGGAAAAGGGGGCAAAGCUCCACGCAGGCGUGCAGUAUCAAUGGACAACAGUAAUAAGCUCAUCAAGAGCGCCCGUGGUCGUGCUGCAAAGAAGAAAGCUGCUCUGCAGGCCACCCAGGACGGAAGCUCUGAGAGUUCCUCCAGUCUGUCCAAAUGGACCGGCAGCCCCACGUCCCGCAGUAGUGACGAGCUAGACGCUUGGACAGAUUUUCGUUCUCGCACUAAUUCUAAUGCCAGCACCCUCAGUGGACGUCUUUCUCCAAUUCUGGCCAACCUGGAGGUGGAUGAGGUUCCCGAUGAUGACUCUCCUCUGUCACCUAUGCUAUACUCCAGCCCCAGCAGUAUGUCUCCGUCCACUGGGCUCACCGAACUGCCCCGUCUAGCUGACCUUGCAGGAACUAUGAACCUCAAUGAUGGCCUCUCUGACAACCUAAUGGAUGACCUUCUGGACAACAUCAGCUUGACUGCUUCGCAGUCUCCGGGCCAAGAUGAGAGUGGAGCCAACCUACAGGGAAGCCCUGUGUUUACCUUCAGCUGCUCUGGGAGCAGUCUGGCAAUUCCCUCCGGCAGCUAUGGCACCAACUCCAUGUUUAGCCCUCCAUCAGUCACUGGGCUGAGACAGUCUCCAAUGCAAACCAUCCAGGAAAACAAGCAGGCAACAUUCUCCUGCGGUUCCCUCUUUAGCGAGCAGAGUCUGCAGGAUUUGCUCAGCUCUGAGUCAAAUAGUCGCAGUGAUGUCCUUCUUACCCAAUCUGACCCACUUAUGUCUCAAGCUAGUGCCUCCCUUUCCUCUCAGAAUGCUCGUCGCAUUUUGUUGCGUAAUGACCCAAUGAUGUCCAACCAGGCUGGGCCUGCAGGACAAGCAGGGUUUAAAAAGGCAUCGCCAUCUGGAUGGCGGAUGAACUGUGUCCCGAGCAGCGAGUCAGACUACCAAAGCUUGAUGAAGCAACUCCAACAGUCUCCCUUCAGAAGCACAUCUAUGCAGCUCAACUCCUCCGAUUCAUUGUUGGCAGGUCUCAAUGGCAGCGUGUCCUCUGCUCAGUCGGUGUCUCAGGACCGUUUCCCAUCUGACUUGGAUCUUGAGGCAUUCAGUGGCAGUUUCGAUUGCGAUAUGGACAUCAUCACCCGCAACGAUCUGAUGGAUGCCGAAGGCCUGGAGCUCAGCUUUGAUUCCCAUCUCAUCUCCUCUCAGAAUGCUAACCUGACUUCAGGGAGCUUCUCCAGAACCAAACGAACCUCCUCCCAAAGCUGGGUGCCAGGCUGAUCUAGCUAGGCCCAGGAAUGUAGGGACGGGGCAUAACACCGGAUUUGAGCCAACUGUCCACUGUAAAGCAACUGUAUAUUAUGCUGUAGAAAAGCUAUUUGACAUCCAUUGGAAUGAGUUUGAGUUAACGUCAAUGAUUUACCCAGUGUUGUAGAUUUGUGGCUGUAUGUUUUGUAUCGAGGCUGGUUUGAUGGACGUCAUAAAGAGUUCCAACAGAAUUGACCUUGUUUUAAGUGCUGCAGGUUACUCUAUUUGCCAAUGACAAGGUAUUGAACUCUGCUUGAGUAUGGUAAGUGGAGUACUGUAGAGAGAACUUGGCUUAGCCAACAGUACUUCCCUUACUCUAUCUAGAAUAAAAAAUCUUUAAAGAAACGCUCCUCUUUUUUUGAAAAUGGUCUCAUUUUACAAUUCCUAGAGCUGAUCUCCAAGUCUGGGAGGAGCAUUUUUUCGCUUAGCUUAGCAUACAUUAUUGACACUGCGUAAUAUCAUUGUGCCUGCUGCAGCCAUUCUUAUUUAUUACACUGGGAUGAGAGUAUAGUCCCUAGCCAAAUCAGCCUACACUCUCAGAAAUCAAGGUAGAUGAAUUGUCACUGCGGUGGUACCUUUUCAAAAGGUACACGUUUGUACUUAAAGGGUUCAUAUUGGUACCUCAAAAGUAUAUAUUAGUACCUAGAAUUUUUAAGAGGAACACUUUUGUGCUUUUUAGGUACUAAUAUGUAGCCUUGAGGUAUUAAAAUGGACCUUUUAAGGUACAAAUUUGUACCUUUUUGAAAAGGUACCACCCCAGUUACAGCUCGCGUACUUUUUAUUUCUAUGAGUGUAGAAAAUGGUCCAAUUUAAAUUUUCCGCCUGUUUUUGUGCAAACAACAGAAGAGUCAAUUUAAAUUUUAAAUGGGAAAAUUAUCUGUUGGAUCAUUAUUCAGUGAGAGGCUAUUGGUCUAAUUCAAUGAUUUAUGCUAGGCCAAGCUAAAAGUGCUUCUGCCAGACCUGGAGAUCAGCUGAAUGGAUUCAAAAAUGGCAAAACCUCUGUUUAACUCUAGGAGGGUUGUAAAAUGUGCCUGUUUUGUAUGGUGUAUGAGGGUGCCUACAAACUGGAGAAUGCUUUUACGAAUCCAAGCUUGGAAACCAAGCGGGAUUGGUGAGUUCUCAUUGGGAUGGGCAGCUGUUGACAACCAUGUCAUAUUGCAUUAAAGCAGAAAUGAAAAUGUUUUUCCACUUUAACGUUUUUCCUUGUCAUCAUUGCAAUACUUGAUCCCCAUUGAAGUCCACUCUAGUCUGUAGGUGCCUAUAGUUUGUGGUAAUUUCUCGUAACUUGUGAUCAAGAUGAGUAGAUUUCUAGUCCUCACAUUUAAACAAACACUUGCCUUUUGCCAAACUAGUCCUCAGGACAACUGCAAAAAUGGCCUGUUUACAACACAAACUCUUGAGAAUUCUGUUGUCUGAAAAAUGGCCAUGAAAUAAGUCAUUUCUCCAGUUAUUUUAUUUUUUCUUGUGAAACUAUUAUUUAAAAAAAGGGAAGAGGUUGUGUUAUUUGUGAAACCAGUGAUGAUCAUAAUGUAUCCUUGACUCCUUUUGCGGGAAAGUGAAUAAUGACAUGAUAAGCUAUGUAUUUAGUGUUCUGCUGUAUGAAACUAGUCAGUGUUUCCUAUGGAUUUCCUAACACAACCUGUGCAUUUAUCCGAGUUCUUGAGCAUCACCGCAUUCACUUCCAAUGUUAGCCAUUUUAGAGUAGAUUAUAAGAUAUAUAUUUGUAUUUAUGUAUGCGUGUGUAUAUACACACACAGACACUGGGCCUCUUUCAUGAAGUAUCCAUAGCUUUCCGAACAAUUUGCACAAAUUUGUAAACCAUUCUUUAGUUGGCGCAUUCAGUGCGAUUAGUGUUGUGUGCAUGCACUGUGCACUAUAUAUGUGUGUAUACAUGCAUGCAACCAUUUACCUUUAGAAUAGGUUUACCAGUUUCUGUGUAAGUCAUAGACUAUGCUUACAGUUCAUGAUGGAGACCAGUAAUGCUUACAGUGUGUGUGUGUAUAUACACAGACAAGUAUUGAAUUCAUAUGAACAGAUCUAAAUUUUGGAACGCUGAUUAAGGACCGCUAGAUGUUUGUGUAUUUGUAGCAGGAAAAGAAAAAUGAAGCUAUGAGCAUUUGGUGCUAAGUGAAAUUGUGUUGGGUCAGUUUAUAUGGCUAGCAUUUAUGUGUACAUAUCUACACAAAAUGGUGAGUGCUAGUAGAAAGUGUGUGACGGCGGUGUGUUUUAAGCAUUAUAAUAGUUUUAAAACGAAAGGCAGCCAUUUUGUAGUAUUACAGCCUGUACGGAUAAGCUAUGUAAGAAAGCACCUACAUUGUACUGUAUUUCUCUGUUGAUCUUGAACAUGCCAGACAACCAAAUUUGAGGCUAAUGUAAAAAAUCAUGCAGCUGUUGAUGAAUUAGUAGUGCCAUUCAGGGACGGCUUGCAGAUGUUUGCGUAGGUACACCUAAUGUUGUUUUAACACAGUCUCGAAUGUACCGUUAGUUAAGGUCAUCGUCACACCCAGAGUUUCCAUAAGCCUCUUAAGCACUGAUUUUUAUAAUCUGCUUUUUAUAAUCAGCUGGAGUUACAGAUUUUAAGAUGACUAUAAAAAGUCGAUUGUGCUGUUUACACCUUUUUGUUUACUUCAUUUUAGAUAGACGUCUGAUAGUGUUUGGGGUAGGUCACAACUCUCACAAGACUACUAUGUUUUUCAUUCAUUGUUAGAGGGAAUUAACACAAAUUGUGUAAGCGUAAUAUGCGUGUGUACCUCCUUACAGCACAAUUGGCCGCUAGUUAGCAUCCACUCGAUGUUUGCUUGACUUUACCUAUGUAUUUCCAUUUUGGAUCAUGUAAACAACGUAGUGUAAGGCAAGGUGCAUGUAAAUAAAGCUUGUACUACACAAUACA